AUGAGCUUCGUAUCACCUGAGAACAGGAUCCGAAAAUACCUGGAGACACCGCAAUGGUUUCAGAUCAGUCGUAUGGACUGGGCAUUGCUGAUCUUGACCACUCCAGUUAUGUUCUAUGGCGCAGACCUGUUUCACAAGCGAGCUUUCAAAGAGAUAUAUGCGCUGUGGCGGCCUGGAAGUCCCACACCUCUAAUGCAGAGAUUCUUUCGCUUUGGCAGCAUGAAUCUUUUGAUUUCUGCUGGUACUGCGGUGGCAUAUUUCUCAUCGCUGGCUUCUCUUGUCUUCGACGCAGUGUAUGGCACAGGACCAGAGGGCAAUCGCUCAACUUGCUUUGACUCAGUGGUAUUUUUGACCCUUUUCAUCCUUGCAGGGCGCUGCCUAGAAACGUAUAGCAAGGAACGAACAGACGAUGCUGUCGCUUCGUUGGGUCAAUUACUUCCUUCUGAAGCAAUUCUUGUGGAAAAUUCGGGAACAUUGGGUUCAGAACGAUAUAAAAAUAUCAGCACUGAUCUUUUGGAGAUCGGCGAUAUCGUUAGCGUUCCCCAUGGCGCAUCACCACCUGCAGAUGGAAUCAUUGUCGGUAAUGGAGCCUAUCACUUUGAUGAAAGUUCAUUGACUGGCGAAUCCACCCCGGUGAAGAAAAGCGCAGGCGAUCAAGUCUUUGCCGGUGCAAUUAAUGUUGGCUCUCCCGUUCAAGUCCAGCUCACUGGUGUGGGUGGUUUGUCAAUGCUCGACCAGAUCAUUGCCGUUGUCCGCGAAGGUCAAAGUAAGAGAGCCUCCAUCGAGAGAGCUGUGGAUACCCUUACAGCUCACUUUGUCCCCGUCAUCACUCUGAUUGCAAUCAUUACAUUUAUUACCUGGGUAACCCUGGCAUCAGCAGGCGUUUUGCCACAGGAUUACCUUGAAUCGUCUCACAUGGGCUGGACAUUUUGGAGCUUGGACUUUGCUAUUGCCGUGUUUGUAGUUGCUUGUCCCUGUGGAUUAGCACUUGCUGCUCCCACAGCUUUGUUCGUUGGUGGAGGAGUUGCAGCUCGACAUGGCAUCCUUGUUAAAGGUGGCGGUGAAGCAUUCCAAGAGGCCAGUCGGUUGAAUGCCGUUGUCUUUGACAAGACCGGUACGCUUACAGACAGUGGUAGCCUCCAUAUCAGCGAUUAUGACGUGCUCACUGGUAACUUGGAACAACUAUCUGUUGCAUGGAACAUUGCUCAGAGCUUAGAGGAGCAAAGCAAGCAUCCAAUCGCGACGGCAAUUCGCCAGUUCUGUCAAGAGAAAGAAUCACGUACUGUUCACGUUGUUGAUUCUGAUAUCACUGAAAUCGCCGGACAUGGAAUGCAAGGCACAUUCACUCUCAAUCUCGGCAACGGUGGAUCAGAGAAUGCUUCCUCACCGACGAAUGUCCAGUAUGAAGCUGCUAUUGGUAACGAACGUCUGCUACAACAACUUUCAUCUCCCAGCACAGAUAAUUACUAUCUGUCUUCAGUCCUUUCAAAGUAUCAAACAACAGGCAAAUCUGUGGUGAUACUGUCACUGCGCCGAAGCGAUGCAGCAGAAGCUUCACAACCGGCCCCUUUUACUCCUGUGAUCGUAUUCGCCAUUUCUGAGACGAUUCGUCCUGAAGCCGCCCGUGUCGUCGCUAAGCUUCAAGGUCGCCAGGUCGAGGUCUUCAUGUGCACUGGUGAUAAUCAAACGACUGCCUAUGCGGUCGCAGACUCCUUGGGCAUUCCUCGCACUCACGUCAUGGCAGGGGUUUUACCGACAGAGAAGGCAAAUUUCGUCAAUCAAGUGCAGCAAGGCACUCUUGAGUUUCAAUCAAACUCAAACAGAGGCAACAAGAAGGCAAAGACAGGGAAUAUUCAACGAUCAAUAGUUGCUUUCGUCGGAGAUGGUGUCAACGAUGCACCUGCCCUUGCUGCGGCAGAUGUCAGCGUCGCCAUGGCCUCCGGCUCCGACGUGGCAAUCAGUUCUGCAAGCUUCAUACUGCUCAACUCUGAUAUUGGCAACAUAUUAGAGCUCGUUCUUUUGAGCCGCCGAGUAUUUCGCCGUGUCAAACUCAACUUCCUCUGGGCACUUCUGUAUAACGUGUGUCUCAUUCCCAUUGCAGCGGGUGUAUUCUAUCCGAUUGUGAUCGGUCAGACAGAACGGAUAAUUGAUGGGAGGGUGGUGCUUGUGAAUGAACAUUUCCGGUUGAGCCCUGUUUGGGCCGCCCUGGCUAUGGCGCUCAGCAGUAUCUCAGUUGUAUGCAGCAGUCUUGCCUUGGGAGUUGAGAAGCGACAUUUCAAACAAUUUUUCAAGAGAUGA